CUGGCCGAGACCUUUCUCGUGCUUGCCCGCUGGGCGCGCGGCUGGCUGGGACUUUUCUCGCGCUGCUCCGCUGGGCGUUCUGCUAUGGCGCGGAAGUCGAAUCUGCCUUUGCGUCUCCUUCCGUUGGUGCUGGGCAUCGCCCUGGCGCAGGACUCCAGCCCCCUGCCUCUGGUCCUCAACACUUGGCCUUUUAAGAAUGCAACGGCUGCAGCAUGGCGGACAUUAGCGUCUGGAGGUUCUGCCCUGGAUGCAGUUGAGAAUGGCUGUGCCGUGUGUGAGAGGGAGCAGUGCGACGGUACAGUAGGCUAUGGAGGAAGUCCCGAUGAACUUGGGGAGACCACCCUGGAUGCCAUGAUCAUGGAUGGCGCGGCUAUGGAUGUGGGAGCAGUAGGAGGCCUCCGAAGAAUUAAAAAUGCAAUUGGAGUGGCACGGAAAGUCCUGGAGCAUACAACACACACGCUUUUAGUAGGGGAGUCAGCCACCAGGUUUGCGGAAAGUAUGGGUUUUACCAAUGAGGAUUUAUCUACCAGUGCCUCAAAAGCUCUUCAUUCAGACUGGCUUGCUCGGAAUUGCCAGCCAAAUUAUUGGAGAAAAGUUAUACCAGAUCCUUCAAAAUACUGUGGACCCUACAAACCACCUGAUGUCUCGGAGAAGGACAAUCCUGCCUAUGAAGAAGUGGAUAUCCAUGGACAUGAUACUAUUGGCAUGGUUGUAAUCCAUAAGACGGGACAUACCGCUGCGGGCACAUCUACAAAUGGUUUAAAAUUCAAAAUACCUGGUUGUUCUGUUCUCUACACACCAAGUCGUGUAGGAGACUCACCAAUACCUGGAGCUGGGGCCUAUGCUGAUGACUUGGCCGGGGCAGCCGCAGCCACGGGAGAUGGCGACAUACUACUACGCUUCCUGCCUAGCUACCAAGCUGUAGAAUAUAUGAGAAGAGGAGACGACCCAUCCAUAGCUUGCCAGAAAGUGAUUUCAAGAAUUCAGAAGUAUUACCCGAAAUUCUUUGGGGCUGUGAUAUGCGCCAAUGUGACAGGAGGUUACGACCCUGUAGAGCGAGUUAUCCAAACAGAUCACAAGAGUGGGCUGAGAUCGAAGGGGAAACAAACUGAAAACAUUCCUGCUCGCUGUGCUUCACCCCGUGUCUGCAGGCAGCUCUUUGUGGGUAGACGUUUGGUGUAAUUUUGUCUCCUAAACAUUGUCAACUACCACUUCUCCACUCUCUCAGCCUCAUUUUCAACAACCAUGAGUGUUUAUGGAAGGCACUUUCACGGUGCCGAUAGUGACAAUAGUCCACUGUCAUGAAGGCAAGUUUUAUAUAUGUUAUGGUCUAUGAUCUCAAACUCGGAAAACAUAUGACCAACUUCUGAUUAUAGCAUUUUUUAUGUGCAUCUCAGAAUGAAAUGGCUUGCUCGUUUAGAAUUGGUGACUGAAAGAAUACCACAGAAGCACAUGAAAUAUUCACUCUAGGAUUGGGGUGGAAGAUAAAUAAAGGCCCCAGAUGGGGAAGGAGAAAGCUGUUUUAAUAUACCCUACCUUCCAGCUAGUGAGUCCACAUCAAUAACAAAAGGAGUUGUGGAACAAAGCUAUAUAUAAUGGAAGGAGUGGAGGACUUACAAAUGUUUAGAUCUGUAAUAACACAAAUCUGAGCUAUAUGAUAUACCUGCCUGGUAUAAGUGUGCCAGGGCACUAUGGGAGAGAUACAGUUCACUUCAAAACAAUUUUCACCAUGGGGGGAAGUUUAAAAACCUCUAAAACCUUCAGAGCGAGCAAGGGCAAAAACUGGGUGCUAGGCCUCAUUUAUCUACAUUCUGUUCUUCAUAGCCUACUUUUCUGACUGGCAGUUUUCACUGCCUUUCACCCACGUAUUACAGAAGCUCUGAUACUUCCAGUUUUGUCUUCAGCGUUCAAAUCAUCCUUUCACCCAAGCCGAGCUUUCUGAUCUGUGACAAUUGCAGAAUCUGCAUUGCCUGUAGUUUCCCCACGGUGUGUCAGAAGGGAAGGGUUUCAGAGGAGGACCAGGAGAUGAGUCAGAAAAGGAGUGCUGAGAGUGUGACUUGACACUCUCUGAAACAGAACUCUGAAGAAGUACAAGCUAAGAAGAGCGAUGACAGAGCCAUGACAGAAGACAUGGGAAUGAGUGAGGAACACGCCGUGAACUUCAAAGGGAUGUUUCACGGGAAAAUUUUAAAGGUCUGAGAGAAGCUAUAGUUAAAUAGGGUGGAUACAAAAACUAGAGAAUCCCGCAAUGGGGCGGAGAUAAAACUAGAAAAUCCCACUCAGUGAAAUAUCAAGUGUAAAACUAUAAAUUGGAGCAAGCUGGACUUGGAUGUGCUUGUAGUCUCUAGUAUUGGAGACAUACUCUAAUUCUUUUGAGAUUAAUUGACUGAAUACAUUUAUUUAUUCUUUUGCGAAAGUAGACUCGGAGAUAGGAUUAGAGACAAUCAAUUACAGAAAAAUUAAGUAUUUCAUUCCACGAAGAAAGAUAUCUCUUAAAUCUAUCUAUGAUUUGACUACUUACUAGUUUGGCCAAUCAUUUAUUCUUUCUAAACCUAAAGUUGGUGUCUGUAAAAUGGGAGAAGUGAUAUCUCAGAGUAGGAAUUGAAAAUGAGAAAGAUGCAUAUGUGUACAAUAGUGUUGGAAUAUGGUACUUGAAAAAAAUGUUACAAAUAUAUGAACCUUCCCUAUAAUUUUGAAAUAAUUAAGAAAUACAGGAAAGCAGAAGCAGGGGAAGGGGAGAGGAUGGGAAGAAACAGAAAUAUUAUUCCCAAAGGAAUAUUUCUUAAGAGUCCUGGGUGAUGGAUGAUUUGAAUCUGAUGCAAACUGACAGUGGACAAAUUAAGAAGAAGAAAAGAAAAGGAAGAAGGAGGAGGAAGACACACACAUUCAUUAAUGUUAAAGCACAUGGAGUUAUACAAUGUGAAAAUCCAAGGAAGGGUCAGAAUCAUUAUAGCUCAACUAUUCUUUUUAUAGGAAGGGCAAUGCUGUAGGCAAGGCUGUUUAAGUGAAGUGUAAAUGAGUUAUGGAGUCUGUGCAUGGGUCAGAAGAACAGAUGACGAUAGCCUGAGACAAUGUUCACCCGAGCUCUGAGCCUGCUUUGACUAUAGACUUUCUAUUUGCAAGUUAAUCUUCUAGAUAGUUCAGUCUAUAAAUAUAUAUAUAAGAGCCCACAUGAUCAUUCACUGGUGGGAAGAGUAGAGGACAGGACUAAGAACAGGAGUGAGUACUGAGGAGGUCUUACUUCCCCAGGUCUUAAAAGUAUCACAUACUGAUAACUGAAACAAUGUGUUUGAAUUACCAAUGACAACAAGAAGAAGAACACAGUGAUAUUUUAAAAACUAAUUAAGAUAUUACCAAAACAAUGCAUUUGAAUUAACAAUAGCAACAAGAAGAAGAAGAACACAAUUUAUAUUUUAAAAACAAAUUCAGAUAUUACCAACAGCUAUCAGGCCUGACCCUUCAUUCUGUGUCCAAAAGCAUCUAGAGAAUUAAUUCAGCUCUGUUUAAGGGAAAAAUUCAAUGCUUCAUGGUCAAUAAGGCUACAAAGCUGUUCCCUGUGGCAACUUGAAAGACAGGUAUGGAUGGGAGGCCAGUGAAGCUUGAGACAUUUAUUUCCAGGCAUUUCCUUUGCCUGCCUGAAAUUUCUUCGCGUAUCAUCAAUCUCUUGAUAUACUCUUAGAAAAUCAUUCUCCUCUUCUUCUCACCUGGAGGAAUUAUCUUCCCUUUCAGACCUGAAGCAGCAGCCACUCUUUGGUGUUCUAUCAGACAGCUUGACAGUAGCUUGGAAAGACAAUGGAUAUGAAAGGAGAGUAAUACCCCGACCCCUGUCUUAGGUUCUAUAGUUCAAAUGUGAUUUUCUCGAUAAUUUUAUCAUUGAGACUCGUUUUAUCAAAUAAACUAGGGGCAAGUGCAUUGUGGCCCAUAACAAGAGACAAGACUUUUUUAAAAAAUUUGGGGUUUUGUUUUGUUUGGUUUGGUUCUUCAAACUGCCUAGUGCUAUUAGUCACCCGAUAUUCUUAGCUUUAUUUCAUUUUAGGGGAAAAAGAGUACCCCCAUGUGAAAAUGUUACUAUAAAAAAUAGGCUAGCCUUUAAAAUUUUUAAAGAUUUCCACCAGAAAAGAAGUCAUAAACAGAAUCUUUACUUUUAUAAUAGUGUGAACCUUUGUUUAUGACCUAGUUUUUAUGGCAGCUUCUUAUUUACAGACAGCAGUGGUGUAGCAUGUAUCAAGAAGUUAAGCUUUGUGGGAUGCCAGGGUUUUCCUCUUGGUAAAUCCAGAGCUUAGCAGAAUGCAUUGUAUUAAGAUAAAAUUUAAUAAAUUGCAAUCUUUAAUCAUUUAUCUAUGCUCAUUAGCAAAUAAAUUUAGGGUGUAUUCUUCCUGUAUAGCAGGUUUGUGUAGAAAUCAAUAAUAAUUUUUAAAAACCAAAUAUAAUAAAUCCCCAAUAAACCCAAAUGGCUUAAAGGAAAAGUACUGAUUAGUUUAGGAAAUAUUUUAAAAUGUAUCCAUUUUCAGUAAAUAAGAGAAAACAAUGUGAAUCAAUAUUUAUAAUCUUUUGAUUGUUCUUCUUUCUUUUUCCUUUCCUUAUUUUAUUUUUUUCUUUCCUUUGGGGGCAGUUUGAAGCAGUCUUAGACUGCCCAGACUGGCCUUGAAGUUAUUACAUAGCCAAAAUGACUUUGAUCUGCUGGUUUUCCUGCCUUGCAUCCCAAAUGCUGGGAACACAAGCAACAAAGUCAUGUGCCACCAUGCCUAACUUUGAUUGUUUUUCUAACAACAUAGAAAUAUAAAAACACAUUUAGAAACCUAUGAAUAUAUUUGUAUGUUUAUAUUGGUCUUUCAGUAGAUAACAAUGAAAUUCCAUUUCUGAGCUCCUCAGUUAAUUGCACAAUCUAGCUGACAGUUUAUUGACCUUUUACUUUUAUCCCCUUUUCACUGAAAGGAAGAAAUGAUUCAAAUAGUUGAAAAAGAGUCAUGGCUAAGAACUCUUCACAUAUCCAAAAACCUCGGAAAAGUUGGGAUAAAACAAGGAGGUAGAGGACACAAGUCUGUCAACAGAUUCAAAUAUAUAAAAGCUGGACCAGCCCCUGUCAACUUUGAUAAUAAUGCCAGAAACAUCUGGGAAGCUUUGUGCAAAAUAUUGAUGCCUAAGUAGUCAUUGAUGGCCCACAUCUGUAAUCCCAGCUCUCAGCACGCUAACAAUGGAGAACCGAAGUCAGAGUCCAGUCCAACAUAUACAAAAAAAAAAGAACAUUGCCAUAAAUGAUCACCGCCAUCAAUAAAAUUAAUAAUAUCUGUCCCCUACUUUUAGUGGGUCUGAUUUAAUUGAUUCAGACUUAAGCAUGGGUAUCGAAUGUUCUUGACACUAUUUUAAUUUUAAUACAAGGUUAAGAAUCCUCAGUGGCAGUCAGGCACUUUAAGUAUGAAAUACUAGGCCCUGGGGUAGAUGUGGGGGUCCAGAAAGAGUGUCACAUUUUCCAUGAAUUCAAAAUUCAGUCCAUGAUGAAAAUAAGGUUCGUUGGCUUCUUCCCUGUGUUGAUAUUGGUAAUAAUGGUAUAAAAACAGCAACAGUUAAAUUGCAGUGCAUUAACACAAAUCAAGACAGUGGCAUGAAAUGGAGCUGUCUACCAUGUACUUUCUAUAAUAACAAAUAUACUUCAGUUAAAACAAAAAAGAAGCAGGUUUCUCUAAAAGAAAGUCAGUGAGGAAAGAGAAAACACUAUUAAUUUUGUUAAAUAUCAACUCUUGACUAUAUAUCUUUUUAAUAUUCCAUGACAAAAUGGGAAUUAUACACAAAGUACAUCUGCUGUGUAUUGAACUAUAAUGUCUUGAGGAAAAACAUUUGUGGUGGUUGCAAGCUAAAAUUAGCCUGUGUUUUCACAAUACAACAAUUUAAUUUAAAACAGUAACAACUGCAGUUACAUAGAUUUGUGUGUUUGGCAGACUUUUUAUUGAAAAUGAGUGAAGUAAACCUAAUACUUCAAGGAAAGCGUCAGUUGUAUUCUAAAUGGUAUAAUUUGAAUUUUCAUGUGAUAAUUAAAUCUUUUGAAAACAUAGCCUCCAAAACUGUGAAAUUUACUAGUUUCCUGUUACUCAAAGACUUUUCUUAAAAAACUGAUGAUUGUAAUAAUAAAUAUGAUUUUUAUAAUGUA